AUGACUCGUCGCCUCUCUAUCUCUCUGCCCCCUCACCUCCUCUUCCUCUAUCUUUAUCUCUUCGCCUCGCCUCUAUCUCUCCGCCCCCUCCUCUUCCUCUCCGGCCCCCUCCUCUCACUCUCCAGCGACAAGUCCACCCGUCACGCCUCGUCUCCCUCCACGAUCCGGCGACGCACGGAGGAUGCCGUCUUGGAAGCGCCGGGCUAUGGUGGAACUGCAACUCCGAGAGGAGAAGACUGGCUGUUGGUUGCCAGGGAAGAAGCCGGGCGCGGGGACGAAGCUGCGCGCGGGGAAGAAGCCGGCCGUGGGGAAGAAGCCGGGCGCCGGGAAGACCGGCGCCUCUUCUUCCACACCCAAGAAGCGGGCGGCUCCACCACGGCUACAAGGCGGCAAUGUCGCCGGGAGGCCCGCCGCGAUUCCCCCUCCUCCUCAACAAGCUCAGUGUCUCUGCACAAGAUGGGGAAGGAGAAGGCUACAAAGAAGAAGGUGACCUCGCCGUCCAUGGCUACAGAGAAGGCUCACAUGAGCUUCUGGGACCUGCACAAUGAGGCAGCUGCAUCACAGGUGAAGAUAGGUGUUUUUCAGGAAGUGCUUGCAAAGGAAAAGGCCAGGAAGAAGGUGGACGCAGGGGUAGAGGUGAAGAUUAGUAUCCUUGAGAAAGAGCUUGCAAAGGAAAAGGCUAGGAAGAAUGAGCUUCAGCGUGCACUGUUAAAGGCGUCGAAGAAGGCAAGAAACAUCUAGUGGAUGCACGCAAGAUGAUAGUCGAAGCUUGAUUUUGGUAGGACUGUAGUGGAUGGGACACAAUGCUUUUGUCCAUGUCUGUUUUUGUGUUCCCUCUAAGCAUCAAUAACACCCUCUAGUGCUAGUGUGAUCUUAGAAAUGAACUUCUAGUCCUUGUGGCUGUGUAUAUUUGUGUUACGUGUGAUCUUUGAAAUGAAAACUCUAUGAUCUCUUGAACCUGACUGGUAUAUUUGUGUUCUGUAUGAUGACUGCCAUGUUUAUAUA